CAGAGCGCCUGGCGCGUGCGUCAGAGGGAGGCGCCAGCCCGGCGGAGCGAUACCAUAGGUGUGCGCCGAGGCCUGUGCGUUAUGACGUGAGGUGACGGAGUUCCUGAAAGCGCCGCCUGGAGACGGAGCCAGCCCGGAGCGGCCGGCAGUAUACAUGAAGCUUCAGUGUCAUACCUGAUAUGACGGACCCAGACGUCCUCACUGAAGUCCCAGCGGCUCUGAAGCGCCUUGCCAAGUACGUCGUGCGUGGUUUUUAUGGCAUUGAACAUGCUUUGGCUCUGGACAUCCUCAUCCGGAAUCCCUGCGUAAAGGAGGAGGACAUGUUGGAGCUGCUGAAGUUUGAUCGGAAGCAACUGCGGGCAGUUCUCAACACCCUCAAGGGGGACAAGUUCAUCAAAUGCAGGAUGAGAGUGGAGACAGCUCCGGAUGGCAAAACCACCCGGCACAACUACUACUUCAUCAAUUAUCGCCUGCUGGUCAAUGUGGUGAAGUACAAGCUGGACCACAUGAGGAGGAGGAUUGAGACGGAUGAGAGAGACUCCACCAAUCGUGCCUCCUUCAAAUGUCCUAUUUGUUUCAGCACCUUCACAGACUUGGAGGCCAAUCAGCUGUUUGAUCCCAUGACAGGAACCUUCCGCUGUACGUUCUGUCAGAAUGAAGUGGAAGAGGAUGAGUCGGCGAUGCCCAAAAAGGAUGCACGGACUCUUGUGGCAAGGUUUAACGAGCAGAUUGAGCCCAUCUACGCAUUGCUACGAGAGACAGAGGAUGUUAACUUGGCCUAUGAAAUCCUUGAGCCAGAACCCACAGAGAUUCCUGCACUGAAACAGAGCAAAGAACGUGCUGCUGCUGCUGCUGCAGGGGCAGCUGGCCUAGCAGGUGGAUACCAUCGGGAAGCAUGGACUACAAAAGGGCCGUCAUACGAGGACUUGUACACCCAGAAUGUCGUCAUCAGCAUGGAAGACCAGGAGGAUCUUAAUCGGUCAACAAAUGAAGGGAAACCAGCCAGAGAGAGGCCAAUUUGGCUACGGGAAAGCACAGUGCAGGGGGCUUAUGACCCAGAUGAGAUCAAAGAUGGUAGUCAAGAUAUGGAUGCGUUUCAGGAACGCGGGGAGGGCCGCGCGACUCUGGACGAUAACGAGGAGGUGAUGCGUGCCCUGCUUAUCCAUGAGAAGAAAACCCCCUCUGUCUCUGCAGCUGGUGUGGGGGGGGCCGCUCCCUUAGCCAGCGGCAAUGCCAGCGACUCUGAGAGCGAUACCAGUGAAUCAGAGGAGGAAUCCCCACCCCGCCUGCCUGCUGCCACAGCUAUGCUCUAUGGGCUCGAGAAUGAAGAGGAUGAGGAGGAGUUUGAAGUGGUGGCAGAGGACCCCACUGUCAUGGUGGCCGGACGUCCGUUCUCUUACAGUCAAGUGAGCCAGCGGCCUGAGCUGGUGGCCCAAAUGACCCCAGAGGAGAAGGAUCUUUAUAUAGCCAUGGGGCAGCGUAUGUUUGAGGAUAUGUUUGAUUAACCCUUUCCCACCCCGACAGCUUUUAAAGAUGAAUUUUAACAGGAGACUCCCUAGUGAAACAAAAGACUGAACUGCAUCUCUCCCUUCCCAGUAGUCUGCCAUACAGGGGCUUUGGGGCUUAGAACUGCUCCCUGGCGAAAGGAACUGCUGAUCUUGGGCAUCCCACACAGUGGGGGCUAAAACUAGAUGGGUGUGCCAAAAGGGGAGGGAGCAAAGGUGGGUGGUGGAGCAUGUGGAUAUUUUUGAAUCAGGAGAGAGAGCUUGCAGGGUGAAGCUCCACUUCAGGGGGGCCCUCACCUGCUGCUGCUUUAGCCCAACACCCUCCUUUAGCCGGAGGUUUAUUCUUUGUAUAGAAGGCCAGGGAACAGAUUCUGACGCAGUCCAGCUCCCUCCUUGCGGAGGACUUGGCUGCUCUGUGGUCUGAUCAGGCCUUGCUCCUCAGUGUUACAGAACAGGAGACUGCAAGUGACACUGAGGGUCUGUGCGUUGGGUGUUGAGACAGGCUGUAGAUGCAGUUGCAUGUGGACAUGGUGCCUGAGCAGGGUUGGGCUGUAGUACCGGACGCAGUGAAGUUGUCACUAACCCAUUGCAGGUGACUGCAGUGUGCAGGGGUUUUUAUUUCUAAACAACCAUGUGAGCAGAUACCAUACUUGCUCCCUAUCGUUCUCAGUCUUCUUACAGGUCUCUAGCUAAACCUCUCAAUAGGGUCUGUAUGUAGCCCAAGCUUGCUCAGACUGAACUAUGUUGCUUAGAUUCAACCAUGUAUUUUGGCCAAGUCGUGUUUGAGAUUCUUUUCCAACACGGUUAGGAGCCCUGGAGUGGACAGCUGAUGGUGUUCGUUGUAACCGGGGAUGUAGAUAGGAGGCUGCUUUCUGAUGGGGAGCAAAAUGGGAGACGAGCUCUGGAAAGGAGAAUACAGAUCCCUGGGUGAUGCUCAUUUGAAAGACUGUCUGGUUUUCAAUCUCCUGUUUUCAGUGAUCAGGGACUUCAGUCCUCUGUGAAAAGACAGGCCUGUCCUUGCCUGUUCCCCUCUUCCACAUGCCCCACCCUCCACUCCCAUCUGUCAGAAUUUUCAAAUAGGAGACUUCAGGAUAAGCAUCUAACAAAUAACUUGAUUCUCAAAAGUGCUGAGCCUGCUCAUAGUGCCUGUUGGUUUCAAUGGAAGCUGUGGGUGCUCAGCACCUCAAGGACGGAUGUAACUUGAAGCACCCAAAUUUGAAAGUCUUUGCUCAUUUUCAGUGUAAUGAAACCCACUGAAGGAACUGAACUGGUAGAGUACUCUGAGCUACCCAGAGAAUACUUUCAGUACAGUAUACUGUUACUGCCUGUCCCCUCACCUUAACCCAUCUAAGCCCCGAUGUUACAGCCUGAGUUCACAAUAGAUUGGGCUGUCAGCCAGGCAGUACCAGGGAACCAGCAUAGCUAGUUUUAAUUUCACUAACACCAAAAGGUUUGUAUAAUUUGAAAAGGAAUUAUGCAGAGUUCUCAAUACUGAUAUUUAGCAUGGCACUGCACUAUCUGUUCAAAGAAAACCAUUUUUACCAGUGCCUAUAGCAAUAUCGUAUUUGUAAUGUUACCUUUCAAUUUAAAAGUGUUACUUUUUUUUAAUCCUUGUGUUUUCUUAUCCAGUGCUAUGGUAAAACAAAGUGAUAAAAGGAUUUUGUGUUUAGAGGCAGUAUCAAGUGCUGUUUGAUUUACACGAAUGGUACAGAUUUGCCGAGCAUUUAAACUGUAAAGGUAUUUUAUACUGACUAGCCCUGUGAUGCCUCCUUUGUGGUUUUAUUUUCAGCAUCUUGAUAUUUUACCCUUUUUUAAAAAUAGCGUGUUAAAUUUGACAUUUUUUAAAUAAACAAAUAAAAUGAUGCUUCUGUC